UGCUUGUCGUUUCGUGCCGACGACCUACCUACAUCUUGGUGUGGUUUUCUAACCAUUUGCUAGUCUCUGACUUUUUGUUAGUUUGUUGAGAAGUUAGAAGUGUGGGUUGUGUAAGCUCGGCAUUUCGAGUUUAUUAAAAGAUUUACUAAACAGCCGUGAAGUAACGUUUUAGGAUUGUUUUCAAGAUGAAUAUUUUGCUAGCUCUGUUUGUUAUUGUGUCAAUAUCAGUACCUGCCUUGUCUGAAAAUGAAAUUAAGUUAGACGAAGGCGUUCUUGUACUCAAUAGGGACAAUUUUAAAUCUGCCAUAACUGACAACGAAUUCAUCUUGGUGGAAUUUUAUGCUCCAUGGUGUGGCCACUGCAAAGCCCUUGCUCCUGAAUAUGUUAAAGCAGUCACAUUACUCGAAGAAAACAAAUCUGAUAUUAAAUUAGCAAAGGUAGAUGCUACUGAAGAGACCGAACUUGCAGAAGAACAUCAAAUCAGAGGCUACCCCACACUUAAGUUCUUUAUAAAAGGGACCGCAAUAGAUUAUAAUGGUGGUCGUAAGGCAGAAGAAAUAGUGUCAUGGUUGAUUAAGAAGACCGGACCUCCUGCUAAAGAACUAAACACAGUAGAGGAAGCGCAAGACUUAAUUGACAAUAACAACGUUGUGAUAAUUGGUUUCUUCAAGGACCCAUCAAGUGAAACAGCGAAGGCCUUUCUGAGUGUGGCAACUACUGUUGACGAUCAUUUAUUCGGAAUAACCAACUCGGAUGCUCUCUUUGAAAAAUAUCAAGCCAAAGAUGAUUCUAUCAUACUUUUCAAACAUUACGACGGUGGAAAAUCGGUCUUCGAGGGCGAACCCACCCACCAGGCAAUCCGUAAAUUCGUAGCUGUCGAAUCAUUACCUCUCGUAGUCGAUUUUAAUACGAACACGGCCCAAAAGAUCUUUGGAGGUGAUGUGAAAAACCACUUGUUGCUCUUCCUUUCCCGUUCAGAUGAACAUUUCGCCAAAAUAUCUGAUGCUGCAUCGUCAGUUGCACGUCCAUUCCGCGAAACCGUUCUCUUCGUCACCCUCAACGUCGACGAAGAAGACCACCAGCGCAUCCUCGAGUUCUUCGGUUUGAAAAAAGAGGACGCACCCGCCGCACGAAUAAUCAAACUCGAAGAGGACAUGGUCAAGUAUAAGCCAGAAAGCGACGACCUUACGGCUGAAAAUAUCCAACAGUUCGUACAAAACUUCUUGGAUGGCAAACUUAAACCAAUUCUUUUGCAACAAGAACUCCCUGAAGAUUGGAAUUCGCAACCUGUAAAAGUCCUUGUUGCUUCAAACUUUGAUGAAGUCGCUCUGGAUCCUUCAAAGGAUGUUUUGGUUGAAUUCUAUGCCCCCUGGUGCGGACACUGCAAACAGUUAGUUCCAAUCUACGACAAAGUCGGGGAACAUUUCAAGGACAAUGAGGACGUGGUGAUCGCGAAGAUGGACGCCACUGCCAACGAAUUGGAGCACACGAAAGUCACCGGUUUUCCUACAAUCAAAUUGUACCCGAAAGGAGAUCUACGCAAAGCUGUGACGUACAAUGGACCUCGUACAUUUGAAGGUAUCGUUAAAUUUAUCGAAACGGGUGGAGUUGAUGGUGCCGACCCCGACGUUGCAACCGAAGCUGAGACUGAAGACGAUGAUAAACCUCGUAAAGACGAGUUGUAAUUUAAUUUUCCUCGUUUUAUUUAACAGUUAUUUUAAUUAAUGUAUGUUAUUAAUAUUAGUGGUGAAUGAUUGCGUGCGAGAGGAUUUUUUUUAUUAAGAUCCUAUAGAAGGGUGAAACGCGGGUGGCGAUAUUUGAGGCUUAUUUUUCCCAGAAUAAUAUUUUUCGAGUUCUAAAAUAUACGCUCAAAAAUACAAUUAUUGUAAAAAUUUGAAGAAAAAAUGUUAUAAGAUUUAUAUGUAACAAUCUCAUUAGUAGUCUUUUUUUUAAGAUUCAUAAAUAUUAUUUUAUUUAGUAACUUAUUCCCCAUAUUUUCGUUAUUGGCGAUUAGAUUAGAACUUUAAAAAUUUUCGUACUAUGUAGUAGUUACAUUUAUCAAAAAAAAAUCCCAUUAGU